AUGGCUUCAACGGAAUUAUCAUCGUUGUUCCGUUCCGAUGAAGUUGAUGACCUGAUUGCUGAAGGAGAAACAACCGGUGGAGACACUAUUGCCACAGGUGCUCCAGAUAUAAACAGUCCAGUGUCAAGAGAAGAGGUUGAACCAAAGAAUAUUGCAGAAGCACUGAAGGAUGAGUUUUGGAUCAAUGGAAUGCAUGAAGAACUGAAUCAGUUCAUCAGGAAUGAUGUUUGGUACCAAGCUAAUCCCAAAGUCACUCAUCUAAAAGUUGUGAAGAGGAUUAUUAGAAUUUGGGCUUAUAAAUAUCUUGCUUCUAUUUCGAAAAUUCACCCUCAAAAAUCAAAAGCACAAGAAGCAAUUUUUCCUUUUCUCUACUGUACCUUGGCAUCUCCUCCUAUAAAUCCUCUUCCAGUUGUUGGUGAUGUGCACAACGAUGCUGCAGCACCUGAACCAGCAGACCCCAAUCUAGCCAUCAUCGUUCAUCCUGUCAACCUUGAAGCUAUGCCGAUCAGCUUUAUUGAGCCCGACGACGAGCUGAAUCCGAUUGACCCAUACAAUUUCCAGAAUCAAGGUCCCUCUUCCACUGCAGAAAGGUUUCCUACUCGCCGGUCCAAGCGCAUGAAUCCCUUCCCAGAUCUGAAUGCUACUGGGUCACAACGCCGGAGGGGAGGAAAUUCUCCCAGCAGAGGCGGCAGAGUUGGAAGAAGAGGCGGCAGAGGCGGUCGUACUCCAGUUAGACAAAACCCCCCAAGAGGCCUCCAUUUGGUUGAUGAAGAAACAGAUGAUGAAGAAGGAGAUCAUACUUUUGCAGAACCAGAAGCCCAAGCUCUCUCCUCAAGCUCCACUGAGUCAUCUUCCAAAGACUCGACUCCACCAGCAUCAAAUCAGGGGGAGACACUUCAGCCCAACAUGGCAGCAGCCUCUUCUCAACAUCCUUUUUCCGAAGAUGUUGCUGCACAUGUUCCUGAAAAUGCUGCUGCACCUACUGUCUCAGGCAAUGCCCCUCAGAGUGCUGCUGAGGAUACUGCUCCCAAUGUAGAUGAGGAAAUGCCAGACUUUUCUGGGAUGUCUUCUGCUGAGCAUGUAGAUAUUCCCACUGUUGAUGCCCAGGACUUUACCACCACCGAAGAAACACCCUCAGCUCCACAUGAAGAUCCUCUGGAAACUCUGGCAGAGGCAGCUGUUCAAGUGGAUGCAUCACCUUCUCAGGUUGAAGAGGAAGAGAAAAGUGAUGACAUCUGGGAAGUGCCCCUUGCCUCUUUCCGUAAGAAUUUGCCAUCCUCAGAGUCAGACAGUGACUCUUCUGAGGAUUCAUCCCAGAUGGAAGAAGAUGUUGUUCCACCUGUUACAUCACCUGAGCCAGCAUACAUCCCAGAUGAUCUUGAAGACUCAGAAGAAGAGGAACCCUCAGAAGAUGAAGAGCUAGACUUGGAUGGGAAGGAUCUGUCAACUCCUUUUGAGGUCAAAAUAAUCUUGGUACUGAAGGUGUUGCUCCUCAUGUUGACAACACCCCUGACAUCCUUGUUUCUGUUCCUCGAGAUCUUUUGUUAAGAAAGCUUACUCACUCCCUAGCUCAGAUCACCUAUCAUCAGUCCAUGGUGGAGAUGCUCCAGAAAGCUCUUUCUGAUCAAAAAUGGGGAGAACAAGCUAGUCAUGAAGUUGAAGCAGGGACUUCUCAUCCUUUGGAUGCCAGAGGCAGAGAGCAGGGAGUUAAUGAAGAAG